AUGACAUCCGAAGUGCCAUCUUCGUCUCUUCCGUAUAAACUCGAUCAGCAAAAUCAGGCACAGUAUCAGCACACCAUAAAGUUGCUUGAAACAAUAGCAAAUGCGAUCAUUUUUUGUGGGAAACAAAAUAUUCCUCUCCGAGAACACAGAGAUGAUACCACAAGUGAUUCCUCAAAUAAAGGUAAUUUCCUGGCAAUAUUACAGCUGUUGGCAAAGCAUGAUGAGCAGCUCUGGUCUCAUCUACAAAAAGCAAAAAAGAAUGCCUUAUAUACCAGCAAAACCAUUCAGAAUGAGGUUAUCCAACUCAUUGGAAAUCACAUCACGGGUAAAAUUUUGAAGGGUUUACAAGGGAGGGUUUUUUAUUCCAUCAUAGCCGAUGAGGUAACUGACAAGUACGCUAACAAAGAAGUUUUAGUCUUGUGUCUCAGAUUUCUAGAUACUAGAGAACACCCUGCCAUCAUUAAGGAGGAAUUUCUUGACUUUGCAAAUAUAGGCAGAACUACUGGGGAAGCAAUUGCUGAUAAACUUAUUGAAAUCCUCCGCUUGCUUGCAAUUCCAAUUGAUAACAUGCGAGGUCAAGCAUACGAUGGUGUAGCAGCAAUGACAUCGGAAAAACGGGGGUGUCAGGGACGAAUCAAGUCUCUAAACCAAUUAGCUUUGUACACACACUGUCGGAGUCAUGUAUUGAAUCUGAGCAUCGCUUCAGCCUGCAAAUUACCCCUUGUGAGGAAUAUGAUAGAUGUCCUUAAUUCAGUAUUUAUUUUCUUUGACAGUUCCCCUAAACGACAAGGGUUUCUUGAGACUAUUGUAGAAAAUGAUGGGUCUGUAGAUUUUUCCAGAAAGAAACUAGUUGGACUCUGUAAGACUAGGUGGGUUGAGCGUCAUAUCUGCUUUGAUGUGUUCUACACUAUGUACAAGUUCGUCAUCAAAUGUCUGCAGCACAUUCUCAAUCAAAACCUUGAUGAAAGUACCAGUGAAAACUGGUCUUGGGAUAGGCAAACUAAAGUGACCGCACAGGGGCUUUUGGCUUCGAUGACGUCCUUCUCUGUGUUGAUAACAUUUGUGUUUGUAAGGUAUGUCCUAGAUACAAUAAAGCCUUUGACUCUCAAACCUCAGAAAAGAGAUAUUGACAUUUUCACUGCAAGUAAGUUAAUUGAGGAACACGUGGAUAGGAUCAAAGAAAUUCGUAGAGCGGUAGACACCGAAUUGGAGUCUUGCUUUGAAGAUGCAAAACAAAUUGCAGACGACCUUGAUAUAGUGAUUAAAACCCCAAGGGUUUGCUCCAAGCAGCCACACAGAGAAAAUGUCUCCACAAGUAAUCCAAGAGAUUAUCAUAGAUCUGUCGUGGCCAUUCCAUAUCUGGACUUUUUCCUCAGAAUACGAGGUUUCAGAAAGAAGAUCUGGUGGCAUAUUCAAUAUGCUCUUUGUUGUCUGUCAAUGUGA